AUGGCUGUGCUGCGAGUUAAGUUCACCAAGACUAGGAGGGACAAGCUGGCUCAGGUGCUGUGGAUUUUGAACUGGAUCUCGGUGGUGACUGGGGUCAUCUUGUUCAGCUUGGGGCUCUUCCUGAAGGUGGAAAUCAACAAGCGCUGGGAGCUGAUGGCCGAGAGGGACAUCCACUACGUCCCCAACAUGUUAAUUGCCGUGGGCCUCAUCGCCUGCGGCAUCAACUUCUUGGGGGGGAAGAUUUGCUACGACUGCGUGGACACCACCAAGUUCCUGCGCUGGAAGUUGAUCAUGCUGCCCUAUAUCAUAUGCACCUUCUUCUUCACCUUCUGUGUGCUGGUAGGUGCGUUGAUGUGUUACAGCAUGCGCAGCGAGCUGGAGGAGUCUCUGGCCCUUGGGCUGACGGAGGCCAUGAGGUUGUACAAAGACACCGACAUGCCAGGACGCUGUUUCGUGAAGAGAACUGUGGACAUGCUGCAAAUUGACUUCGAGUGCUGCGGCAACACCGGCUUUAAAGACUGGUUCCAGAUCCAGUGGAUCAGCAACCGCUAUCUGGACAUGUCCCAUAAAGAGGUGGUGGACCGACUGAGGAGUAAUGUGGAGGGGAAGUACCUGAUGGACGGUGUGCCCUUCAGCUGCUGCAACACCUACUCCCCCCGGCCCUGCAUCCAGCAUCAGAUCACCAACAACUCAGCCCACUUCAACUAUGAGUACCAGACAGAGGAGCUGAAUCUGUGGAAGAAGGGCUGCCGGCAGGCGCUGCUAGACUACUACACCCACAUAAUGCAGUCCAUUGGCCUCACUGUCCUCAUCACUUGGCUUUUUGAGCUUUCAGUGUUGACGGGUGUGCGUUACCUCCAGACCUCUCUGGAAAACGUGCUGAGACAGGGGGACCCCGACUCUGAGUCAGACGGCUGGCUCUUGGAGAACAGCUUUGCGGAGACGGCGCGCACCAACUUCAUCAUCAUCAAGAGCCUCGGCAAGUGCAACCAGGUAGACACGGCCAACAACGGAGACCCCAACAUCAACGUCCCUGCCACCUCCGCAGCCCACUAUGGGCCAGACAAUGUCCCGCCAAAGCAAAUACCGGAAGCCAGUUGA